UAAGAUACACUAUAAAAAAAACUUCGGAAUUUCAACAUCCGAAGCUUUGACGUAUGGACAUUGACGACAAAAAUGAGGUUAUGGCCCUUGUAAAAGAUACACAAAUCAGAAAAUAAACAAAUACAAGGUUUAAAUUAAAUUAGCAAAUUCAUUGAUUAAUAUAAAAUGAACAAUGCAAUAGAAUGUAGGACGUGUUUAGAUAACAUUAUCAAUCAGUCGCAGGUCAAUGUCGAAAGUUCCCUUACAGAACAGCAAAGUGUAUUACAAGCAAUUCAAGAAAUCGCCUCUAUCCAGGUAACCGAGAAUGAUAUCUUGCCGAAACAGAUUUGCCAGGUUUGUUUUACAUCGCUGAAAUCAGCUGCAUUGUUUAGAAGUCAAGUGAUUCGUUCGCAUCUUACUUUGAAAAGUAGACAGGAACAUCAGAUUGAAGAUCCACUGUUUCUAAGUCGUGAUAGUGUACAGCUGGUUAUUGAAAGUUGUAGUGAAGAAAUAGGCAAUGAAAAAAGCAAAAUAGAUAUUAAGGAGGAAGAUCUACUAGUCAGAGACAAUGGACAGCAGUGCAAUGGGCAAAAAGACUGCAAACAAGGAGCAAAAUUUAAUGUACAUUCUGAUGGUGAAAAGAGCGCGGACGACUGGCUGGAUUCAAACGACGCAAAUGAUUAUACAUCAUCCGACGAUUUCCUCGAGGAAAAAUCUGGGAAGAGGUCUUAUGGAGCGAAGAAAUACAACGUUAAAUCCACAGGGAUUAAAACGCGUAAAAAAAGAACACUGAAACGGAAACAGAGGCCUUUGGAGGAGAUUUCCGACACCUCUAGCGAUGGGGACUCGGAUGUACCUUUGGAGAAAUUGAGGAGGGAGAUAAAGUACGAGGAACCAAAGGCAAGCGUUAAAGGCAAAGCUAAACGGGAUGAUACAGAAGAACCCAGGCUUUGCCCCAUUUGUGGCAAAUUGUUCAAAGCGAAACAGAAUUUCAAUUCUCACAUGACUACAGUGCACAGGAAAAAGCCCGAUAAGCCCGAUAAAAUUAGCUGUUUGUGUCCAGAUUGUGGGAGAGUUAUUACUGGAACUAGACAGAACUUUGUCGCCCAUAGACGAUAUCACCAUUCAGAUAAAGCCCAAGUGAAAAAGCGAUUUACGUGCGACGUAUGCCCUAGGAAAUUUUACAGGGAGAAGAAUCUGAUAAUUCAUCAAAGGAUACACAAAGGAGAGAAAGGAUAUGUGUGUGAACUGUGCCCAGAUAAAUCCUACACGCAAAUCGGAGGACUGAUAUUGCAUCGACGAAAAGUGCACUUGAAAAAACCCACAUGCACUUGCAACUAUUGUGGGAAGCAGUUCUACGAAAAGCAUUAUCUGGAAACGCACAUACGACAGUGGCAUACAGGAGAACGUCCAUUUUCGUGUGAAAUCUGUGGCAAGGCCUUUAGCUGCAAUGGAACGCUUUUAAGGCACAGAAAAGACAGUCAUGGAGAGAAGAAACCUUGUCCUAAAUGUGGAAAAAUGUAUACAGAGGGAGAACUGAGAAAACAUUUAAAACGCCACAAAAUCAGGGAAGAAGGCAUCAAAAGGAAAAAGUUUACAUGUGAAUAUUGCAGAACUGAAAUGAAUUUCACGUCCAGAAAACGGCAUUUGCUGAAACAGCACGGGAUUAUGUUACGAGGUCGAGGUGAGAAUGCCGAAAGGGUACCAAUUACCCGAGCAGACGCAAUGUAAAAUACGUGGAAACUAACGGUUAUAAGAACUAAAAGUCUGAUUUAUUUAGUUGCAAUAUAAGUCGAUUUUAUGGCAAAAA